GAAGACAGAGAAGACUAGUUCUCUCUCUCUCUCUCUGUCUGCGUGGAUUUGUAUGCAGCAGCGUAGACGAGUAAUGAUUUUUUUUUUUUUUGGUUUGGGGGUUGUGACUCGUGAAAGGAGGAGGAGGAGGACAAGUAUAGUUUGGGAGCAUAUAUCAACGUAUCAUCUGAAAAUUUCUUUGGAUUUCACAACCAAUCUUCUUCCUCUUCUUCUUCUCUUCUUCUAUCUACCAGUGCUGCUAGCUAGCUAGCAUAUUCCAAAUAUUCUGAAAUCCGCCACCCAUCCGCCGGCUGCCAUCCCUCAUCUCUUUCAAUUUUCAACGUCUUCUCCGGCUCCAUCACCCUUUUUCACCCCAUACUAUAUUAUACCCUCUUUCUGCUUCUCAAUCCAUCCCAGCAAACAUCUGUGCUUUUUUUUCUUUUUUCUUUCUUGCCAAAAAAAAAAUAAUAAUAAUAGAAAAGCAGCAAAAAAAGAAGGAUUCCAUCCAGUGAUGAACUCCAACAACACUCCGUCAUCAAGUGCAGGAGGUCCUGGAUCCGCCGCCGCCGAUUCCACUGCUCCUCCCACUACCCGAAAUUCCAAGCGUCCCAAGUAUUCAAGGUUUACACAACAGGAACUUCCAGCAUGCAAGCCUAUUCUUACACCAAAAUGGGUUAUCUCAGCAUUCAUGCUUGUUACAGUCAUCUUUAUCCCUAUUGGAGUUGCUUCCCUAUUUGCAUCCCAUGACGUUGUUGAGAUAAUUGAUCGCUACGAAACUGAUUGUAUACCUGAAGAUUCAAGGAAGGAUAAAAUUGCAUAUAUACAAAGCUCUGGUGAUAAAACCUGCAACAGAAUUCUGAAUGUAACGAAGCAUAUGAAGCAUCCAAUUUAUGUGUAUUAUCAGUUGGACAAUUAUUACCAGAAUCACCGCAGGUAUGUGAAGAGCAGAAGUGACCAGCAGUUGAGAGAUCGUGAUAGUGAGAAUGACACCAGUGCUUGUAAGCCUGAAGAUAAAACGGCAAAUGGAUCGACUAUUGUGCCUUGUGGCCUUAUAGCAUGGAGUUUGUUUAACGACUCUUACAGUUUCUCCCGGAACAACCAGAAUUUGAGUGUGAACAAGCAUGGCAUCUCUUGGAAGAGUGACAGAGACCACAAGUUUGGCAAAGAUGUCUUCCCUAAAAACUUCCAGAGUGGGGGACUUAUUGGAGGGAAACAUCUUAAUGAAUCCAUACCACUGAGUGAGCAGGAAGAUCUUAUUGUAUGGAUGCGUACAGCUGCUCUUCCCACCUUCAGAAAAUUGUAUGGCAAGAUAGAGGUGGAUCUUGUUGCUGGUGAUGUCAUCAAUGUGACUUUACAGAACAAUUACAACACCUAUAGUUUCAAUGGCAAGAAGAAGCUUGUGCUUUCUACAACCAGCUGGCUUGGCGGAAAGAACGACUUUCUUGGCAUUGCCUAUCUCACUGUUGGUGGACUCUGCUUCUUUUUGGCUAUGGUUUUCACUAUCAUAUAUCUCGUCAAGCCAAGGCGGCUCGGUGAUCCGUCUUAUUUGUCAUGGAACCGGAACCCCGGAGGACACUAAAGCUGAAUUAUUAACUCAUCACCAGGACUGCUUGAGCAGCAUAUUCUACUGGAUGCAGAGUUUGUGGAAUCUACACGGCUCCGUUUGGAUUAGCUGUUUUUUGGGUUGUUUUUCAAAAACAGUACUGUAGCAUUUUGUUUUUGAAAUACAAGUCCGUUUGGAUUAGUUAUUUUUGGAGUUGUUUUUCAAAAACUAUAUGAAAAACUUUUAUUGUAGAUAUUUUUUGGAUUGUUUUUA